GUGUGAGGCAAUUUGCGUGUGUGGGUAUGUGUGUGUGUGGAUACUGGAAAAGACUGUGUACACUUGCGAGGAUCUUGGACGUCCGAGAGGCGUGUUAUGUUGGAAUCGAGAGGCUCAAAUUGCUAUAUUUGUAUAAGGUUUUAGACGCGGUUGUUCUACAUUGUUAGAAGCUGACCAGUGCGUCGAUAAUCACUCGGUGUGUGUUUCGUAGGUAGUUUUAAAACUUUCGAAAAUUCAAAUAAGACUCUACGAGCCUAAAACUCGUCCGUUAUCCGCAGCAAACAAUAAACAACUAGGCCAAGCGCGUAAAAUUUCAUCCCUCUCUUUAAACACGAUCACACACAUCGGCGAAUCUCCCAUCGCACAUAACGGUUAUUUCGUACUCGCGCGCACACGCUUUUCGCGACGACCCCAACGUACAUACGCACGUAUGUGUAAAGCGCCAAAGGGAUGGUGCACAAAGCCGAGGAUACCGCGUAUACUCGAUUACGCAGAGGCCGUUACACUCGCUCUUUUUAUCGGAGCGUCUCUUUCAUAUAGGAUACAUAAGGGGAUCGCACAGCUGCCGAUGAGGGGCUGUUUCAAGGUUGCGAAAUUCGGCAAAGGAUCCGUUCACUAAAGCUUAGAAGCUACUGGAAGCCUGAUGCGUGUAAUGCGUUUUUAUAGCUAUACCUGUUACGUUAUAUUUUCCACAUAGUUAUCAUGGCAUUGCGCAGAGUGUGUAUUUUGUUAUUGCUGAGAGACUACUAAUUAAAAUUUCAUCGACAUUUUUCUACUUUCCAUCUCUUUGUUACAGUAACCGCAUUCGCGGAAAUUCAUUAUACACGUGCGCGUGACGUCGAUAUCGCGUGAAUGUAAAUAGACGAGGUAAACAUCGCGAGUCGCAGGUUUUUUUUUUCAUUCUGACUCACAUCGUCUAUAGACCAAUUAAUUUCGCCUCGGCGCAACUACGUGCGCACCUUCGAAACGGUCUUUCUUCCAGAUUUGCGUUUUACGAUUUUGCAGCUCUUGUAAAUCGACCGGCCGAUGUCAAGGUUCGCUUCUUUUUUUACGACAAAACACACAGACACGCUAUGCUCAUUUUCUCCGCAAUUACGCGCUUAGUCGUGUGCGGCUUUGAAGUAAAGUGAAAUUAAGAAACAGCCGCGGAGAUAAGUAUGCGGCUCACGUCCGCGCGGUGACGAGUAUGUGUAAUUGGAAAAAUAGAUGCAGGAUAGAAGCUUUUAGAGAAGCGUACUGGAACGAGGUCUAAAAGCCGAUAUGAUUUACGUACGAGAUCCAGAGGCCCUCGACAGUAGCGACUAUACCGAAUUGCGAAACGUCGAUCAGUCACGUUUCGCAACGACCACGAUGACGCUUCCUCCGGAUCCGACUUUCGUGUAUAUAACGAACGGUGUGGGCGUGUGUCUGUUGUUUGAUCUCGGGGUCGACGACUGUGGUUGUUUUCUUAUAAAUAGAUGUAGCGCGUGUAAGUCUGUCUGGUGGGAAAGCUGCGGGAAUUUAUUUGAUGAUAGAACGAUCAUCAUAUUCGCUUGAAAUUUAGCGCCGAAAGCUCGCGCGUAUGUGUAUAUAUAUAUACACGAAGCUUUUAAUCAAUCGUCCGCUGACGUACAAGACAGUAGUCCAUUAGAUAAGAACGAGGCGACGGUCUUGAACUAUAUUUUCCGGUUAGGCAUUCCCGUCACGUUGUUUAUACGGAAUUCCGUAAUCGUAAGAGCGUUUUAGUGUCCGUCGGCUUUAUGGGUCAGCGCUAGGUCUGACUCUUAAAUCGAUGCUUUGUUAAAGGGUGCGUGUGUUAUGCCUGUUAAGAAUUAUUUGACCAUUUUUAGACUAUCGAUCAUAGUCGAGGUCCGAUUUUCAGACAGAUGGAUUCUGGAAAAUAUUCAACCAUCCGAGAGGAGCUUCGCCGAUAUAUUUUUAGCCUUCAUCUCAAAGGUCGAUCCGAAACUAUGAAAUUUUUCUGUAAAUUUCCACACACCUUAUUCUCGACCCCCAUCGAUACCUCAUCAAAAGCCCAUUUCCACGUAUCCGCAGCUUAGCGACCCCACCCUCGAAAAAAAAAAGCGAGCGAUCCAUCGCUAAUACCCGAAGCGCAUGCAAGCCUCAAUCUCAAUCUCGCAUCCUUCCUGUGCGCCCCUCGCUCUGUGCAUCGUUUUCACUGAUGCGAUGCAUUCAUCCGAUGCUUUGACGCUUCUAUUUCGGGCUCUCUCUCUUUUUUUACCCCCGCACAAGCUCGCUAUAGCAAAGCUAGGGUGCGCCGUUUGCGAGGGUAAUUGCGCGAGCUUCCUUAUAUACUUUAUUUAUUUAUUUAUUUUUUUUUUGUUUAAAUGCGACUGUAUAAUUAAAAGCGCAGUAUAGUAGGUCGCGGCCGAAAACAAGGAAGGAGUCGCGGAAAAAAGCGCACAGACCGAAGGUGAUCGCCUGGCAUUGGAAUUUAUAUGUUGCUCGCGAGGAAAACAAUCGAUGUGUAUACGGCGAUGCAGACGCCUCUUGGAAAAAUGCGCUCAUUGUCUGGAAGCUUAAUUAAUUCACCGUCAGUUUACGUUAUAGCGAGCUUCUGCAUUCUGGCGCGAAUGUUCGAAUUGAAUUAUUUAGCUAUAAAGUUAAUUCGAACGUAACGAGCGUAUUAUACGGAUGAAGUAUUAUAUAGCCUCUGUACUGCGCAGCUCGUUCCGCGUUGUGGCUCUUAAUUAACGCUUAUUAACGAAGCAUUGUUUAAUGAACCGUCUCACUUACGAGCUCGAGUAUGUAUAUAGCACGUGGAAUGUUGUGCCUUGGCCUCCUGGCAUUAAUUCGAGAUAGCGCAGGAUUCGAUGACUUUUAUGUUUUCGCUAAUCCAGCACGAAUUUUCAGUAUUAACAAUAUGAGAAAAACCUCGAAAAAUCGAAUCUAAUUUCCGGCCAAGUCACAGAAAUCACAGGCCCAAGCUAGUUCUCAACUGGCGCGUGACAUUUGAACGCGAGAGGAAAGACGGAAUGGAGCUUCCUUCUCCGGGAAGCGUGCGGCUAACCGAUUAAUAUUUCAAGCGCAGCGCAAGCCUAUCCCACUACGUACCACUGCACGCGAGCUUAGAAAAUUAGGAACGUGUCGGUAUGCUCCUUUUAUCGCUAUACAGCUUUCUAUUUUUCCUUUUAAUUAGGCACGAUACACGCACAGUUCAUUUAUUGUUCGCUCGAACGGACUAAAAAUACGAUUGUAAUUUUCUUUCGCUAUUCGGGAGCCGCCAUAAAAACGAUGGAACUCGUUCGUCGUCGCAGACUCCGAUACGUCACCUCGAAAUCUAUAAUAAAACUGUCUACUCUACACGCGCGAAAAAGACCAUCUCUCUCUCUCUCUCUCUCUCUCUGACUGUUCACGAACGCGCGCGCGCGCGCGCGAUAUUCAGGGCCGCUUUUGAUGCGGCAAUUGUUCCCAUUCUGGAAAAUAUGCCCUGGAAAUGAGAAUUGCUCGCGACCUUUUGCAUUUCCUAACUACCUCACACUCCGGCUUAUAUACUUUAUUAACUCGGCUAUACGCUGAUAUUAUUUUUAACUGCGUGACAGACACGCGCUCUACGAAGUAUAGCGAAUACUAUAUAACGCUCUAAUAAUACAAUUUUCAAAAGUCCAGCCGCGCUUUUAGCCUUUCCGCGAAUAAGAGAAAUCUUAUGCGAGUAUAAAAACAAAAGCCCGUUAAAUGUCUAUUCAUCUUUUUUCAGACGCUUCUUCGACAAAAGCAAUUUGCCACUAGCUCUACGCGGUUCCCCUCUUUUUUUUUUUUUUUCUCUCUCUUUCUAGCGGCCGUAAAAUAAAAUCAAAGCGAGCUCGCGCAGCUAUACGCCCCUAUAGCAUCGUUCGCCUUCGUUAAACGACUUCCAACUAGCUGCAAGAAGAAAGAAUUCAAUGUCUCUCCUCCCGCGACGACGACGCGCGAAGGAAGCGAAAUUUCUGCAACGACGCGGCUCUCUUGCAGGUGGGCGAGGCUGGAUUAUUCAACGAGCGCGAGAGAUAUAUAUUCGUAUGGAUAUAACGCGCGGCCCACGUUGUAGCGCGUUGUGUGUGUGUGUGUGUGUGUAAUCGUUAGGAUAAUAAUGAAGUCGACGAGAUGCUGCUCCGCGGCUCUUGAUUUGUUUUUUUUUUUAUCGCGCUCUUUCGAUGCGUUAUAUUGGAAACCCGGGAAUCGGAAAGUUCGAGACUGUGAUGACGUAAACGAUGUUUCAUAUUUUUAGAGGUUUUUACCAAUUUAGCGUUCGAGUCAAUGCCAGCUGGGCGAUAAAGAAUCGGGUUCCUCGUGACACCGCGAAGAUGGCUAUACAUUUUUUUUUCUAUGGUAUAUUUCUCUCGAACUCGAUAUACCUGCUGCGCUGAAAUUUGCAUCUGUUUAUCAAUUUUGAAACUAAAAUAAAAUUCAGCUCAAAUAUAGCCUCGUUCUUUAUACCCUCGAGAUAAUAAAAGCCAACUACUUGUGAAAAAGAGAGAAAAAAAAAAAAAUCACUCGCUCUUCAAUCGUAUACGCGUCCGCGCCCUCGAUCGCUUUCUCAACAUCAUCCGACGUAUAGGCACACACACACACAUACGCAAACUCAUUGUAGAUGCGCGCGUAUCCUUGGCACUUUUCUUUUCGCGUUUACUCUCUCGUCACUGCAUGAGAUUUCAUUACCUUUUCGAGCUCGUACUCCCGGUUACGCAGAAAAUUCGCGCACGCAAAAAACCAUGGCUCGUGAAAAUACACUCACAUAUAUAUAUAUAUAUAGGCGCGCACCUGGACGAGUUUUUAAGUCUGCUAUGGCGAUGAUGCUCCGGAGCGUAACUCGAUUAUUUAACUCGAGUUUAUGUCUCUCUCUCUCUCUCUGUCAGCUGAUGCGCGCAUGGGUCGGAUGGGGAAUUUCGAAUUCGAUUAGCUCCGUGCAAGUCGGCUGAUUCAUUGUUGAAUCCAAACGUUCGGGCGAUUAUCGAAAAUCUGAAGGAAUGAGGAAGUUGCGCAACGCGAGUUCCAUUGCGAUGCUGGGACGGACUGAUCGCUCGCGUGUGUGUCGGUGCGGAUGACGAGGUUCUUAUUAUACCUUAUCAUACCUCUCGGCUUUGAAUUCGUGUCAUCGGCGACGAUGGGGAUUAAAAAUGUAUUUGAAUGAAAAUCGACGCGCGUAAACAUCGAUUCGAGCCUGGUGUGACUCAGUCUUUGGAAUAUUAUUAGAACAAUUAUGUACGCUCUAGCUGUUUUGCCUCAAGAAAUUCUCAAGAUAUACGGGAAUAAAAUGAGAACGCGAGGCCGUAGUGCCUUUUUACACCUGUGUGUUCCAACCGAGCGAGUCGAUAACGCGUAAUGCCGUUAUAAAAUAAAAAUUGUUUCCUGCAAUAUAAUCAGCCUCGCAACGAGAUCGAAGCCGUACGCACCGCCAAAAACGAGCCCCCAGUGCAAAAUCGGCCUCGACAUCGGCAGCCAUGUGAUUAAAAUGACAAAAGCCAUACGAAUCUCGAUUCCCACAAUCGCUAACAAUACCCCGUUGUUCGCCAGCAGCGAACUCCGCCAGGGGGGGAUAGGCCAGAACGAGAAAUGAUUUAACACCACCGGCUGCAGCGGCAGCGCUAUGUGCUAUACCACCACCACCACACGUGAGAGAGUCCAAAUAAGCCGCUGGCACAGAGGCCGAAGUGGGAGAAAAAGGAGUAGGGGAGAGUAGAGCAGAGCACGACGUCCCCUGCACCGUUACACCGCGUAUACAGCCGAAGGGGAAGAGCAGAAGCUUAGAAAAGCGCCGAGUCUCCCACCUCUCGCUCUUCUCAAGCAGCGGCAGCGGCUUUUCCGAGCUCCGCGCUCGCGGCCAGCGUUGAGUAACACUUGGCUCGCCGGUGGAGCCGCACGUUCGAGAAUAGCCGUGGCGCGCUUCUGCGAAUCGAGCGCUCUGGGUUCGCGCGCGCGUUAGCUCUCAGCUGUGUGCGAUAAAAGGCUUACUUUUUUCGAAAUAUACCCGAGUGCGAACAAGUGACCCGGAAGAUGCUGCGGUGCAGCCUGCUGAUCCUCGGCGCGCUGGCCGGCUUGGCCCUAGCGCACGAGCCCUUCAUCGUGCAGUUCCAGUGGAACUACCUCAACUACACUUGGCCGAACAAGGAGGCCUACCUGAAGGCCGACAAGGACGACUCGUACCUCGAGAAGAACAACGUCGUCUCGGGCAUCAAGCUCUGGGAGGACAAGAUGUACCUGACCAUACCGAGGUGGAAGAGCGGCGUCCCGGUCACCCUGGCCGUCACCUCGGCGACGCCGCUCAACGGCCAGACAGCCCCCAAGCUCGAGCCCUACCCCAGCUGGGACAUGCAGAGGAUCGGCGACUGCUCGGCCUUCCAGUUCGUCCAGAGCGUCGAGAUCGACCCGAAGGGACGCAUGUGGGUGCUGGACACCGGCCGCGCCGAGACCCUCAACAGCAACAUCAAGCCGACGCCCUGUCCGCCGAGGCUCGUAAUCCUCGACAUCGAGAACAAGGGCGCGGUACUGAGGAGCUACGCCUUCCCCUCGGACGUCGCCCACCCGGAGACUGCCUACCUUACCGACCUGGUCAUCGACCACGAGGACGCCGGCUGGGCCUACAUCACCGACACGGACGACAAGCACCCGGGCAUCAUCGUCUUCUCGCUGGCCAAGGGCACCUCCUGGAAGGUCGUCCACGAAUCGAUGCUGGCCAAGCCUGACGCCAUCGGCUUCAGCAUCGAGCAGGUGCGCGUCAAGCAGGCCUACCACGUCAAGGGCAUCGCCCUAUCGCCGGCGUCACAGCAGGGCGAGCGCGUCCUCUACUACACGCCCCUCUCCUCCUUCAACAUCUUUGCCGUGCCGACCAAGGCGCUGAAGGACGAGCGCGACAAGUUCGGCACCUACGUGCGCGUCCUCGGCAGGAAGCCCUCGCAGACCGACGGGAUGGUCAUGUCCAACACCGGCGUCCUCUACUUCGGCCUGCUGGCCGACGACGCCGUGUCAAUGUGGGACUCGCGCAACCCGUCCUUCGUCACCGGCCAGAGGAUCAUCUCGCGGGACCACCACCUCAUGCAGUGGCCCGACUCGUUCGCCUUCGACAACAACGGCGGUCUCUGGUGCGUGACCAACCGGCUGCAGACCUUCCUCGACGGCUCGCUCAGCAUCGACCGGCCCAACUUCCGGGCCAUCAUGGCCAAGGUCAACAUGAAGAGCUACCAGUACUACGAGAACGGCACCGCGCCGGAGCUGCCGCUCAUCACCGCCGGUGCCAUGAUGUCCCUGCCGAACCAGGCGAUGGCCAGCCUUCUGGCACUGCUCCUCGUUCUCCUCAUGCAGUAGUAGUUGACUAGUUGUAGAGGCCACGCGAUUGAUUGAUCGAUGAACUUUGGACAAGUGCGCUCUAUUUCGUUAGCGCGCGCGCGCGUUGAACGACGGGAAAAAUGCAGCGAUCCUUAUGCGCGAGACGAUUGGCUUAUUCAUUGUCGCUAUGUAACUGUCAAGGUCGCUCUCGUUUAAAAGUGCGCGCGAGAAUAUGGUCAUGCUCGAAAAAACGAUGAUUCGAGGCGAUGAUAUAUGUCAUGUGUAUCGGUUGCGUAAUUUUUAGCCGGAAGCUUUCUUCGCCGAGCGAAGCCGAUCGAAGGAGGAAGAAAUUCUCGGUGAAUUUUGUUUCUAAUAACGAUCAAUUUCACCGAGCGCUUCUUCCUCGCAUCGUGUCUAUGUAUAAGAUAAUGUAUAUUAUAUAGGUAUGUAAUACGAAGACGGAAUUGUACACACAUCAAUGUAAAACGUGCACGAGGCUACACGCGGUUAUACCAUUAUUAUAAAGUAGAAGACAGAUUAGCGUCGACGACGCUGACCUUUUUUUACAAUUAGACACGUUAUAUACAGUCAAGUCUGCAAGUGAACUCUCCGUCUCUGAUAAGCCUUAUCUCGGGCUUUUCCUCUCUCCCUUAUACCGAGCAAACACCGAGCAAACUCCACACGGUCUUUAACGAUGUUUUCUCAGUGCAGAUUUGAUUACGUAUAGAGACAGUCCACACUAUAUGGAAAGCAUAGUCGAUGUUUGCUUUCAAUCAGCCUUUCAUCUUUCGAGCCUUUCUUUUUUUUUUCAUCGGCGUAAUAUACUUCAAAAAAAAAAAAAAAAAAAUUCUCCGAGCACAGAACGCGUAGCUUCAAUUUCUACGGCCUUACACUUUUUAUGUAUAAUGUAUGUGUGCGUCUGCUGUGUGUACAUGCGAUAACCGCGCGCUACUUACGCCUAUAUCAUCAUCGCCGCGAUUUUUCUCGAAGGGCGAGUAUAUACUCAAAUCUCGAGUAAAGAAGUUACCAAACUAAACAGAGAAGAAAGUUAAGGGUGUAAGUAAAUUUUGCACGUGACCAAAACACAAUGUAUAACGUUCGGACGAUGCGACCCCCUUAAAUAGGGGGGGGGGUCUCUCUCUCUUUCUCUCUCACGAGUAUAUUUAUUGUAAUCGCUGAUAACAGUACACAGAUGUAUAGAGAACUAUUGAUUAAAAUAUAUAUUACUUUUAAGUUUACUGAA